UCCUAAUUUAUUUCUUAUAAUCUGAUAAUAAUUGUAUCUAUUGUUUCUCUCACUCACUUUCUGUGUAUCGUUUUUGUUGACAGUGUACAGGUACUAUAGUCUGUAUGUGUAUAGACUACUUUCUGUGCAUCUUGAUCACAUUAAAAUAUAUAGUUUCAUGCUAAUUAAAAAGAAAUACAUUACAAGCCUGUACCUCAACACAAUGGUCAGCAUUUGUUUUAUGAUUUUGGAAAAAAUAAUCGAAUAAGUUAUAUACAUGUAAUAUUGAUGGUUGUCAUUAUUGUACGUUGUAUACGCUUGCUAAACAAUGACUGUUAGUAAAAAUUUGGAUAUUAAAACAGAUUUGCUGUUAAAUGAUGAAGUAAUCAAUCAGUACAUGGAUUUAAUUACACAACGUUCUCCAGAAACUGUAUACACAUUCAAUACAUUUUUUUAUUCAGCUCUAUCCAAUAAAGGAUAUGAACAUGUAUGUCGUUGGACUAAGAAGGUGGACAUAUUCUCAAAGGAAAAGAUUUUCAUCCCAGUCCAUUUAGAAGAAGAAAAUCAUUGGUGUUUAGUAUACAUUGAUUUCCUAAAAAAAACUAUUAAGUAUUAUGAUAGUUUAGGAGGUCGUAAUUUUUCGUGUCUUAAGCAAAUUUUAAGAUACUUAAUGCUGGAACACGUUAAUAAGAAACAUGUUGAUUUUCGGCCUGGUGGUUGGUGCUUAGUUAAUGAUCGAGAUUGUCCAAAACAACUAAAUAUUUGGGACUGCGGCGUUUUUGUAUGUAUGUAUGCUGAAUACUUAUCAAGAAACAAACCGUUGAAUUUUAGUCAAAAGGAUAUGGGAAGAUUUAGAAAACAAAUUUAUCGUGAAAUAAAACAGAAAAAAUUAUUUAAGGAAUGUGAGUAAAUUUAUAUUUUUAGAACAUUGUAUUUAUACGAACAUGUUUAUUUCAAACUAUGACAAAAGUAUUGUAGUUUUGUAUUUUAUUAAAUUUUAAGAUGUCGUUAAGAUCUAUAAAACUAGUUGUAAAUAAUACCUUUUGCUUUAUUUUUAAAUAAAAUAUGUAAUUGAACAAAUACAUUUAUUGUUUAGUAGAGGUCUGUUCGGUUCUAAAAAUAUGGGAACGGACUGUAAAAUUAAAUUUUAUAAUACUGUAAAAAAAAUCUACCUUUAAAUAUUAUUUUGUAACAUAAACCAACUAACCCUGACCUAAAAAUUUAAUAAAAUUAAAAAAACUAACAACAAAUUGGUUAUAAUAAAUCAUCAAUAAUUUGUAUUAAAACCAAGACCAGAUUGAGCUAAGAUUCUUUUUAGCUUCGACCAAAUAAAUUUAUAAAUUAUUUAAACCCAAAUCUGGGUUCAGCCAAACAUGGAUAUUGAAAUUCUAAACCCAUCUGGACAAACUAUUUACAUAGGCUGACAAAUAAAAAUAUAAAGAAAUUAUUAAAAAAAUAUUAUUCUUUUUACUUGCAACUGAGGAAAACUGCAAAAGCCAAAUCAUAAAAGUUUUCAUGUUACAGCUAAUUUUUUGAUAAUAUACUGAAAUAAUAAAAAAAUUACCUACGUAAAACUUUUUUUAGUUUUAUAAUUUCUACAAAGUAAAAGUACUUUAUAAGCCCAGAUCGGAUCAUUGCAAUUUAUUGGCUGGAUCAAACUGUCCUAUGAUAGAUUAGUUUUAAAUUAAACAAACCUGACCAGCAAGUCAUCAAAUAUAAUCCCCAUCGAACCAAACCUAUAUAAAAGUUGUUAUUAGUGAUCGCAUCAGACCAAACCUAGAUUAUGGUCUGGGUAUCCCUGGGACCGCACUGAUCUCUAUUUAACUUAGUUCAAAUCAAUUAUUAUUAAUUUUAUCACUUGGCUAAAAUAAUUGUAUAGUUUACUGCUUGUAUUAAGGUAAUUGACAAAUUAAUAACUAGUUAACAGAAAAAAAAUGUGUUGUUUUAAAAGCAUUAGUUAAAUUUUUAUAAUAACACUAUUAACUAUGUAUAAAAAUAUGUUUUAUUCGUAAAUAUCACCUGUAAAGUUAAAGUUGUGUGGUAACAUAAUAAUAUAGUAUU